ACUUCCACGUUCACAGACGCCGCAACCACACUCUCCUCGCUCUGAUCUCGCCGUUUCGCAAGCACUUCUCCGGUCAGUCAUGGCAGUCCGUUCCAGGAAACACACUCCUCAUGUGUCCUCCUCUUCCACCACCAUCACAACCCCAGCAACUUUCUCCGUCCGACCAACCGCACCCCUUACUAGCCCAAAACUUAUCACAAACCAAACUCUCUAUCAUUUCCAAUCUCCUGAGAAAACCUAACAUCUCCUCCGGUCCGGUUCUCCAGUCGGAAUUAAACCAGACUGGCAUCGAGCCGGAUUCAGGCCUGGUACAAGCUGUAUUUGAACAUUUCGACUCCUCUCCUAAGUUGUUGCACACUUUGUUUCUCUGGGCCGAGACCAAACCUGGGUUUAAAUCCACUGCGACGCUAUUUAAUUCUAUGAUUAACGUUCUUGCUAAAGCGAGAGAGUUUGAUUCUGUUUGGUGUAUGGUGCUUGAUAAGAUUGGUGAGAAUGACGGCUCUGAUUUUGUUUCUAAAGAAACUUUUGCAGUUUUGAUCAGACGCUACGCUAGAGCAGGUAUGCCCCGAGCUGCAAUUCGGACGUUUGAAUUUGCUAGCAAUUUUGACAUAAUUAAUAAUUCUGAUUCGGCAACGAGUUUGUUUGAAAUUUUAUUGGAUUCCCUUUGUAAAGAAGGGCAUGUUAGGGUAGCUUCAGAGUAUGUAUGUUGGAAAAAGAAACUGGACAGAAGUUGGGUACCAUCGAUUCGGGUUUAUAAUGUAUUAUUAAAUGGAUGGUUUCGAUCAAGAAAGCUUAAGCAUGCUGAGCGGCUUUGGUUGGGAAUGAGACAGGAGAAUGUGAAACCAACUGUUGUAACAUAUGGUACUCUUGUUGAAGGCUAUUGUCGGAUGCGUCGUGUUGGGAGGGCAAUUGAGUUGGUAAAAGAAAUGAGGAGCCAAGGAAUCGAGCCCAAUCCAAUAGUGUAUAAUCCAAUAAUUGAUGGAUUAGCGGAAGAACGCAGAUUUGAUGAGGCGUUAGGGAUUAUGGAACGGUUUUUAAUUUGUGAACAAGGUCCCACUAUGUCCACUUACAAUUCUUUGGUGAAGGGUUAUUGCAAGGCAGGUGAUCUUGCAGGGGCUAGUAAGAUCCUUAAGAUGAUGAUUAGCAGGGGUUUUGUGCCCAGCCCUACAACCUAUAAUUAUUUUUUUAGGUACUUCUCAAAAUUCAGGAAAAUUGAGGAGGCAAUGAACCUUUAUACCAAGAUGAUUUCUACUGGGUACAUCCCAGAUCGGCUUACUUAUCAUCUUCUGUUGAAGAUGUUGUGUGAGGAUGAGAGAUUGGACUUGGCUGUUCAAAUAAACAAGGAAAUGAAAGCUAGAGGAUGCGAUGCAGACUUGGCUACUAGCACCAUGUUAAUUCAUUUGCUUCUCAAAAUGUACAAGUUUGAAGAGGCUUUUGCCGAGUUUGAAGAUAUGAUAAGCCGGGGUACUAUUCCUCAGUACCUUACUUUCCAGAGAAUGAAUGAUGAGUUUAAAAAACGAGGAAUGACUGACAUGGUACAGAAACUAUGCAAUUUGAUGUCUUCUGUCCCUCAUUCAACAGAGUUGCCAGAUACUUACAGUGAAGAUAGAAAUGCUUCCCGUGCUGCUUCCCUUGCAAGGAGGAAAUCUAUAAUGCGGAGAGCUGAAGCCAUGUCUGAUAUACUAAAGACUUGUAAAGACCCAAGAGAAAUUGUAAAGCAUAGAAGUUCACUUGAGACUGCUGUAUCAAGUGCAAACCGAUUGAUAGAUGAUAUGAAGAAAAGAGCUAAGCUGAUGUGAAGCUAUUACUAGUGAAAUAAUCUUUUAGUGCAUUUGAGUUGGAAAUUCUUGCUCUCAGUUUGGAAAUAAUUUUAGAAAUCUGUUGUGGAGUAAUUCAAGUUUGUGAGUUGGUAGUGCUUAAACAUUACAUGAUUUCCAAUUAAUGAGUGUGCAGCAAUCUGAUGGAAGUUAUAGAUUAAGGAAAAAUGUCCAAAUACAAAUUCAUUGGCAGUCAUAAACCAGGUUCUCUUAUGCAAUAUGAAAAGGUUUGAAGAACCAUCUGCAUGGUACUGAAUGAAGAUUUAUUUGAAGCUGAGUUGUGGAUUUUUAAGGAUCUGAAAUGGGCUUGGAGAGGUUGUUUAAAUAGCAAUCUCUACCCCGAUUCCCUUACUCUCUAAAUAUCUGUAAACAGUUCUUAGGAAUCAGUCUCUGGAAUCUAUGGAGUAUGUAAUUGAUAGCUCUUGAUCAACAUUUAGUGAUUAAUUGCUUGCAGUAGCUACAAUAUGUGUUCCACCCUGCUGGGAUGUGUGAGGAAAGAAAUUCCACCGGGAAAAGUUUGAGUAAUAAUCCCUGUUUUCUUGUUCGAUGAUCUGUUGUCUUUCUAUUUUGAGGUAACAAAUUUUAAAGCCUAUACUUCAACUUUGUCAUCUUUGUGCCAAACGUAGCAGAGUGCCUUUGUCUUAUUAUCAGUAAAUAUUCCUUGUGAAUCGGAUGCUCUGGUUUUUGAGAACUAAUGAUUUUGCUUCAUCAGCUGUGUCUCUGGACCACCCUUCACUGUCUAUGCUACUUCCGGACAGCAUACAUCACCUUUAGAUCAGCCAUGUCCCUUAAGAUCUGUUAGGAGUAUAAUAAUUUACAUACCAGUGUAUAAAGUUAUACUAGAAGAUGCCUAGUCAAUUAUGUUUGGAGGUGAAAAAUGUUGAAGGCAUGUGACCUGAAUAUGCAUCUAUUUCUGCAAUACAAAAUGCAUUUUGUUUGUAUCA